AUGCCGUGGCUGCUGGUUUUCGCGUUACAAUUGCAAUCAACCGUUGCGUUCUUCGACCAGAAAAUAUUCCAUUUGACGAACGACACGCCGUCCUAUGCAUUGCACGGAACCGGCUUGGCGUGGAAGCAGACGACUUCUGUGCUCUGCCACGAUGAUUUACCGUUUCUGCUGGCCGGGAAAGUACCAGACGUGUCUGGAUGUACGCAGGCUUGGUCCACCUGCACCGACUUUCAACAAUUCCAUUUCCAAUGUUCGUGGGAGGUAUUGGGUUUUGAACUUGAGCUAGCGUACCGGGAGGAGGUGAAAACAGCUGGGAAUUAUUUUGCCAUCUCAAUACGGGUGCUGGAGUGGAUUGAAGAGAGGAGCAGGUAUAUGUUAUUCUCCGUGUGGCCUGCCGACGACGAGGCUUGCGUGGAUCACACCUAUGAAAUCCUCAUGGAGCCUAGGGCGUUGUUGACUUCCGUCUCGAGAUUCGACCCUCUGGCUGGCGUGGUCUCUUUCAUUAAUCGAGCCAAAGAGGAGAUCGUCAAAAUUACGCCGCUGUUGUUGGAUAUUGAGCUGGAUAACCAAAUUACGUGUACGAAGCUGACGAUCGAUGCGUUGGUGGGAGGUGCCCUAGAAGUUGGCUUCACUGAGGAUAACAUGGAGCCUAGCACCCGAAAAAACUAUACGUCCGAAAGUGUCGGCGCAAGUUUCCCUCUCUCCGAGAACAUCAAGCAGUUGUCAUUUAUGGCGUCGUCAAAUAACACGCUGGGUGGCUUUCGGAUAACCUUGCACACGAAUUUCAUCGAACGCAAUGGGCUAACCACCCCAAACAUCAACCCCCACAACCCGAACUUUUUGCUGAAUCUAAUUGAGAUUUUUGACCCAGCCGUGGACAUGACGUUUGAACUAGUCGAUCUGCUCGAUGCGGUACUGACCGUCACUUUCGACGCACAAAAUAAUACGUUUGCGCGCAAUUAUACGUCGGCAGAGGUCACCCACGACCUAUUCAAUCUGACUUCUAUCUCAAGAAUUAGCAUGACGUACGAUGGAAUUUCAAAAUACAACUCAACUAUCCGAUGUGGAUAUUUCAUCAAAUUGUGGUUUCAAGAAGACUUUCAGGCGACGCCGGCAACGACCACGAUGCACACGACAAAUGCCCCAAGAUACCUGUUAUUCUCGGUUUGGCCCGAUAGCGACAAGUCUUGCGUGCAUAUUAACUACGCAAUAGCCCUUGAGCCGCAAUCAGUGUUGACCUGCGUAUCGAGAUUUGAACCGGAAACGUACACUACAAUGAUACCGUACAACUUUUUCCGUAUGCUGAGCGACGAUGACGAUGGAGCUCUUUUGGAGAUUUAUGCUGGCGGAUACCCAGCGAAGGAUCGAACGAAUUUAAUUGGUAGCACAAGUACAUCACAGGCAGACCAGCAGUUAGACAGCUUUGCCGCAACUGUCACUUUCAUUAAUCGGGAUGAAGAUCACUCGAUUAGCGUUGGGCCGGAAAUCUCCAAGGUUGCCAUUGAUAACAUCAUUAUUACGCCAAAUUCAAAUGCACCGACAUUCUUGAGCAGCUUCAAAUAUCCCUGGGUUUUCGAAGAGGACCCGGAACUUUUCAAGCCAACGAUCAUUACCGUAAACUAUAACCAAAUUACCUGCACUUUGCUAACGAUUAAUGCCUUGGAGGGUGGAACCCUAGAAGUUGGAUUUACUGACAAUAAUGUGCAGAUUAGUGCUCGUAAAAACACUAAUGAUGGCGGCUUCCGGGUAGUGAUCUACGGAAAUGAUAUCGCACGCGGCGGGCUCACCACCCCCAAAAUCAGCCCCGACGAGCCGAACUUCUUGCUGAAUGUGGUCGAUAUUUUUGGCGACGAGGGCAAUGUAAACCAAUUCACGGCUGUUGUCGAUGGGCUGGUUUCCGAGACCAAUAUCACAUACACGCGAGAAAAAACGCCAAAAUACCACAAAAAGAUUCUGGUUGAAAUGAAGCUUAUCGUCAUCACCAUCGCCUGCCAAAUCGAUAUUCUCGCCACCAUACAGGAGCCACUCUACAUACCACAACUCACCCCGGUCGAGCCGGCUUUACUAGUGAACCUGGAAGACGUCGUACCAUUCGGAACCCUGAUAGCUGGCGUUGCCGGAUUGAAUCGUGACACGUGGAUAGUGUAUACGCUAUGUACGCUAGCCGCAAAUUAUGAAUGUGACCUUCAGGCCGCAGAGUUUGGCCCGUGCUCAUCUAGUGAUCCGGAAAUCUUCUAUCCGCAAUACUUAUUCUCCGGAACGUUCACUCUCGCGGUUCCCGAGAAAUGCACUCCUACAAUAAGCCUCCGGAGACAAGAUCUGACCGCUUACGACAUAAUGGAGCGAAGUGAUUGUACUGGAAUGCGUCUCGUAGUCUCCCCUGGCUACAAGCAACCACCGAUAUUUCUAGUGAAUUCCAGUCUGCAUACAGUCACGUGGAAAUGCACGGCUAUUGAUUUGAGAUUUGAGCUAGUUGACAUGCAAAACGUAGAAUUGACACUGUUUGCAAUUAAUUUGAAUGGCACAACUAUGCAGCACAACUACACUUCUACCGGGUUCUCAUCUAGCGAACUGUACCUUACUCAAAUAACAAAUAUAGCUAAUCCAGCAAUUCGAUGCUACGAUGAAAUUCCAAUUUCGAUUGAUAGAGAAGUGCCUGACGAGCUUGGAUGCACGAUGGUCUGGCCGUCAUGUACGACUUUCAUGUACAUUGAAACGCAAUGCUAUUGGGAGGUCCAGACCGGAGAAGUGGAGAUUGGCUUCAGAAACAUCGACAGUCCACCGGAGGCAUUCGCCGUAUCGAUCAGGGUACUUGAAUGGGUCGACGUAAACCAUAAAUACUUUUUGAUGGCCUAUUCCGAGCCGUCGGAACGACUAUGCGGUGCAGCCACUUGGCUGAUGCCAGGAAGCAUUUUGACCUUUGUUCCGCCAAUGGUCAUUAGCAAUUAUAUGAACACCGUCACCAUCAGCUCGUUCCAAUUUCAUGAAUUCACAAACGACACCACCUUUGUCGAGGCGUAUUAUGGUGGCGACCCAGGCUACAGCGAGACGAACUUUGCCGGAAGGAUCGAUGCAAGUGUCAAGAUAUCAACGUUUUUGACCUUCUCAGCGGUCACCACCUUGGUUAACCGCAACGCCCGAGGCACUAUUGCCUUCAGAUCGGACGCAACUAGCUGGAGACUGGAUAAGGUUCAUUUGACCCUUGCUCGGUACACACCGACGCAUUUAUCCAGCUACAAGUAUCCCUGGAUUUUUGAGGAAGAUCAGGAUUUAUUCCCCGUUGCGACGAUUGGAGUCGGAUUCAGUGGCGAUGUGUGCAAAAUACUGACAAUAGACGUGAUAGAAAGCGGGGAAUUGGUGAUAGAGUCGCGGAAUGAGCAGUUCGACAACGUUACCAACAGGCAUUUAUCGCUGCUUUGUCCAGUCGUCCAGUUUUUAGAUACACCAGCGCUAGGAUUUCGGAUCUCCACCGAGACCGCACUUGCCAUGACUGGCGAUGCGAUCGUUUCCAUUACGACGGCAGAAUCCAGUUAUAUGUUCAAUUUGGCAGAUAUCAUCGAUCCUAUGCAACGAUUUGUGGCGCGUUUCGAGGAGCUGACACAGGAGCACCGCGCUACGCUGACUAUCUGUAGCCUUGACUAUUCCAGCCAACCAUCACAAGAGGCGGUCAACUUUGUUAAUUGCACGUCUCGGGCAGACUUGACGACGAGGUUUCUAAAUUGUUGCACGAAGCACGUGCACGUGACAAACCGAACUUCCAUAAGUCUCGAUUUUUAUAACUUUACCUAUUUCACCAAUGGUGCGGUGGUCACGUUUGCCGUGCAGCUGUUCGACGACGUUGAAGACCUCACCAUCCAUCUGCCGUACAAUGUUUAUGAAGAUGAUGAGCUCGCGUUUAGAGUUCCGGAGACGAACAAGACCUUCUUUGUGGGAAUCAACCUCCCAGGUUUUGUAAUAAGCCCGAAAACCGACGGGCCUUUGCGUCAGGAUAUACAUUCUGCGAUUUUGAAGUCGAUCUUAUGGCCGCACAGCGUCAUCGAUUGCGAGUACAAUUUGUAUCCUGGAUUCAUCACGACCCGAAACGUAUCAAAACCUUUUAUUACGUUCAGGAAUUCCGACAUCUUCUACCCACAAUGGCUUUUCUCGGGCACUUUUACAUUGGAAAUCCCUGCCGGCUGCACGCCUACAGUUUCGUUAGGAAGAGAAGAUAUGGUUUCAACCGAGCAGCUAGACUCCACAGAAUGUAGCGGUAUGCGCUUCGUCGUCACCCCUGCAUACAGCUCGGCUCCACUCCGCAACCACCUGGGAACCUUGCAGAAGGUGACCUGGAUUUGUGAUCCGGUCGACGUUGAACUCGAAUUGGUUGAUUUGGUGAAUGCAAAUAUGGAUAUAUUCUUAACGCAUGCAGACGGAACGAUCGAACACAUGAUGCUGCAUGCCAAAUGUCGCCUGGUCGUCUAUUCAAUUUGGACGCAUCACACAUUUACCAUCAUCAAUCGA